ACGCGGUCCCCUCGAAAACAGCCGGCCGCGAUUGGCUCACCGCAUGACCGACAACUGCUGCUAUCCACACGUAAACACGCGCACGACUCCGACAAGGACUACGGCCAAGGCAAGGACGUCGAGGAUGCCAAUGAUCCCGGGUCACUGAGCGACCGCGAACGCGCGAACCUCCAGUGCGCAAUUUGUUCUUGAGCCUCGUUCUUGUGUGUUCAGCCGGGGCGCGUACGUCGACAUCGUCCCCGGAGGGAGCCGACCCUUGAGCGCCGAAGUGAUGGGUCGCAAGGACCUGUGAGCGGUCGGGACCAAGGACCUGAGCCGAUGCUACAACGUGGAAGGUAGUAGAAAAUGAAGACCGGCGACUGGGAUUACAUGACGCUGCGGGAGGAGGAAUUUCAGCAGAAGGUGAAUUACAUAGCACCGGACACGCCGACCUCCCCGAACGAGCCGAAUCGCGCGGAGGCCUCGCUGCCGAGGAAUUUGGUCCUCAAGCCCUCCCAGGAAUGCAACAACGUCUUCGGCGUUUGGAGUACGGAUCGCAUUCCGAAGGGAACUCGCUUCGGACCACUGGUCGGGCAGAUCUACACGAAGGAUUCCGUCCCACCGGAUACCGACAGAAAAUACUUUUGGCGGGUGUACAAGAACAACGAACUGUUCUACUACAUCGAUGGCUUCGACGUUCAGAAGGCAAACUGGAUGAGAUAUGUUAACCCGGCAUAUUCAUCCGAGUCCCAGAAUCUAAUUGCUUGCCAGUACGAGAUGAAUAUUUAUUUUUACACCGUUAAGGAAAUUGAUGCUAAUCAAGAGCUCUUAGUCUGGUACUGUCGUGAAUUCGCCGAAAGGUUAAAUCAUCCGGUGACAGGCGAGCAGAUGCUUCAAAAGAUCCGGCAACAAGUGCAAUCGGCGCACUCGGUCGACAUUCCACCAGCAAUCGAGGUUGUCUCGACGCUAAAGGACUCUGUGAUAUACGAGAGGCGCUCGCAAAUGACGCCGACGGACGGUAGCGUGAGGUCCGACGAGGGCUAUCACUCGAAUGGCUAUCACGAUGAGAUUCUCACGCCCCCGGAGGAAAGCAGCGAGUCCGACUCCGAGAGCAAUUACGUCCUCGACUUUUCCAAAAAUUCAAAGGCCGCGAAUAGCGUCGUACCCAACCACCCGGCGAUCGGUCUACUCAAGCACGAGAACGACGCGCGCAACGAUUACCGCAAGGUCAAGAUCAAGAUGCUGAGGACCUACGGAAACUUUCAAUCCAACAACAACAGAUCGACGAAGGACAAGGAGAGUCUUGGGAGUCGCGAGCAGCGAGCUCUUAGUCCGGAUAAUCAGCUACAAAAAACGCCAAUGGUGCUGCUCUUGUCCUCAUCGACGGCUCCCAGUCCCGAGGACAUCGUCGUCAUUGAGAAGAGCCAAUCGAAGCCGUUUUACGAGUCCGAAGCCAAGGCUCUAGGUAGCCACAGUCCCAUAUCGACCACGAUAUCCAAGCCGUACAUUAGCUCCAGUUCUAAUGGCAGCUCAUCCAUUCUCGAGAACAUUUUACUUCGUAACAACGGUAAUAGUGGAUCCGUCAACAGCACCGAUAGCAACAACAAUACCAGUAGUUCGCAGCAACAUCAUCAUCAUCAUCAUCAUCAUCAUCAUCAUCACCCCAAUCAUCAUCAUCAUCAGCAACAGCAACAGCAACAGCAACAGCAGCAGCAGCAGCAGCAACACCAGCCCCAACAUCACCAGCAACACCAAUCGGUGCUUAACAUUAUCCACAGUAGCAAUUCGUCGGGAAUCGGUAGUUCCCAGCCAAUCACCCAGCACGCGGACUCGGUCACGCCUUCGCCCUCCAGUCCCACGGAGAUGGCUUACAGUUACAAAAAAUCGCAUCGCUACAGUAACAUUCUACCCUGCAGCCCCGAUUCGAGCUCGAACCUGCCCAUGCAAACCGAGCCCCCUACUAGCACCACGAGCGCCCAUUCGCCUUCCCAAGGUCAAGGCAACGCGACCUCGAGCUCCCUAAUACUAGCCAGCCCGACGAGCAGUAGCGGCAUUCAGGUUGGCCACAGUACUCUCGGCCAUUGCGGCGGCCUUUCCUCCACCUCGAGCCACGUUAAACCAAGCUCGAGCGCCUCGCCCACGGCGAGCAGACGCAAGCUCAAGAGUCCCUCGCCCUCGUCCGCGAGCUCGACUAACGUCGCCCAGCCAACAACGACUAUCCUCUACUCGGGAGGCGGUCCCGGCGUCGAGCCCAGUCCCAUGUACGCGGCCUCUUCCGUCUCGCCCGUUCAUCAACCGGCCUCUUCCUACGCCUACAGCCUCUAUCAGCAGCAACAGCAACAGCAACAGCAACAGCAACAACAACAGCAUCAACAGCAGCAGCAGCAGCAGCAGCAGCAGCAGCAUCAACAACAGCAGCAGCAUCAGCAUCAACAGCAUCAGCAGCAGCAACAACAUCAGCAGUCGCAACAGCAGCAACAGCACAACGUCGUGUCACCGCUGUCGAUAAACUGCUCGGGUUAUUCGCCCGGACCGACACUCGGAAGCACUUCGUACCAGGAGAGGGCUUCGAGCGAGGACAGGCGACGCGUCGAGGCCAGCAGUAGUAGUGGCAGCGGCAGCGUCAGCAGCUGCGGUGUCAGUAGCGCUAGCAGCGAUGGUGCUGCCGGUCCCGGUGGCGGAAGCGGCGGUGCUAGCGGCCCGCACCAGCUACCAAGCUCCUCGAGCCUCCAGAUUGACAACAAUCAAGCCCUGGUGACCGGUACCCACAACCUCCAUCUGGGCCACCACUCAGGCCUGACGAUCCACACGAGCGCGAGCUCCUCCUCCUCUUCCCAUCAUGGCUAUUCGCCCGUAGGCUCUCUAUCGCCCGACGAGCACGCAUGCUCUCAAAGUGGCUCCCUCAGUCCCAAUUCCCAGGGUGGCUCCAGGGGCUAUAGGUCCCUCCCCUAUCCCCUCAAAAAGAAGGACGGCAAGAUGCACUACGAGUGCAACGUCUGCUGCAAGACCUUCGGCCAGCUCUCCAAUCUCAAGGUCCACCUGAGGACGCACUCGGGCGAACGACCCUUCAAGUGCAACGUCUGCACCAAGAGCUUCACCCAGCUGGCCCACCUUCAGAAGCACCAUCUCGUCCACACCGGCGAGAAGCCCCACCAAUGCGAGAUCUGCAAGAAGAGGUUCAGCUCGACGUCGAACCUCAAGACGCAUCUACGACUCCACUCCGGCCAGAAACCUUACGCCUGCGAUCUCUGCACGGCCAAAUUCACGCAGUUCGUCCACCUAAAGCUCCACAAGAGGCUGCACACAAACGAGAGGCCCUACACGUGCCAAGUUUGCGACAAGAAAUACAUAAGCGCGAGUGGCCUCAGGACGCAUUGGAAGACGACGAGCUGCAGGCCGAACAACAUCGAGGACGAGCUCGCGCUCGCUACCGCCGUCGGCUCGCCGACCUACUACGAGUACGCGCCCGACAUGAAUGUCGGUAACAUGCCCACCUCUCUGCACAAUUUGGAGAACUCGGUCGGCAGGCCGAGCGUCAUCGAGACCUCGCAGCCGCACAUUAUCGAAUGUACUUAAGGCUUCUUGCCCCGCGAAACUUCUUCCUAUAUCCCUCAAGUCUGAAAAUUUUAAUAACGCAGUAUGUAUAGCCAGCCGCCACGUCGCACAAGUGAGGUACGGAGAGAGUAGGGGAUAGGGGAGCGCGCGAGGACGGCCUCGCGGGUACCACAUUGACGAGGUCGUGGGGGUUCCGGGCGAUUCGAUGGGACGGCGCGUCUCCUCGGAAUCGCGCGAGCGCUCCGAAGACGGCUACCUCCGGGUCCGCGCCCUGGACGACCCGGGAGGAGAGGAGGGUCGUCGAACGGAUGCAACGAGCGAUGACAAGAGUAAGAUUUUAAAUGAUAAUGAGACGGGAAGAGAGGAGGGGGCGGAUUUUGUCGGCGUCCGCCGGGUAAAUGACGAAGGAAGGGCGAUUUUCAAUCAAGUAACCAGUGACGACACGACUGCAACUAUGCGAGACCUGUACCUGUAAAUACUAACAUUACUAUUAAUUAAUCGAUAACUCAAAACGUAACUUAAUGCUCUAAUUUAUAUUAAAAAUUAAAAAAAUGAAAAGUCUACGCGUACGCGUCGGUGAUACGCGUAUUAUCGUCGACUGAAGUGCUAACGGAGGAGAGUUUUGAGUAGGGAAGGUGAAGCGUAAAAAAUUGUAAGAAAAGGUAGAAAACGAGCAAAAAAACAAAAAGAUAACAAAAAAAAAAGU